AUGGAAGACACAGAGACUAAACCGUGUCCUAAUUGCAAACGCGAGAUUCCAUGCGUGAACUUCACUAUCCACAGCGUACAUUGCGCACGCAACAUCCGCAUGUGCCCGGUGUGCAAAGAACCUGUACCCCACAAUGAGCUGCAGGAACACCAUGACAAACUACACAAACUUCUGCCGUGUAAGAAAUGUGGGGAGAGCGUCUGCGGCACCGAUUUGGAAGACCACAUACGGGACUCUUGUGCGCACACUAUUAAAUCCUGCAGAUUCUGCGAAUUAGAGGUCCCUAGACGUGACUUGCCUGCGCACGAGAAUUACUGCGGUGUCCGCACGGAACAGUGCCCUGAGUGUAGCGAGUGGGUCAUGAUUAAAUACCGUCAACUUCAUAUCGAUUCUAACCAUGGCUUCAUUCGACUCGAUGAUGAUCCCACACCGGUCUCUAAAAAGGACCCUCCAAUAACCACUACAUCAAAGCCUUUAAUUACUAAAUUCACCAAUAUACCGUCCACAAGUAACGGCCAUCUGCAGACAACUACCAAACUUGAGAGCAGAACAAAUGGUUAUGUUAAAAAUGUCAACCAGGGACCCAACACUGAAUUGAGAUACUUUGACAAGCCAGGCACAAGUUCAAUUCUCGAUGCGGGAUCUACGAAUGGCUGGAGAACGUCGAAUCCUAUCAAUGGACCUAAGCCACCCGUAAAAAGAACCAAUGACCAGCCACAGAUCAACACCAAUGUAGCCGCGGAGAAUAAAGUCGAUAAGAAUCUAGGCAUAUCACGUGGUGCUGUCAAGAAACGUCCGGCUCCGAAACCACCGACUGAACCAUCCACUUUAGAACCGCUCCGCGACCUGCCCUACUACAGUGCUUUACAACGGAAACAGCAUGAAGAGAAAGCAAGACAAGAACAGACUGCUUAUAACCUGUCUGUAGGUCUGCCGCCAGUCUUAAGUCCUGCAGCGAAAUUAGACAAACUUCGGAAGAUGGAUGCUCUCCAAAACCCUGAACCUCAAGUAAACUUUAAGGACAAACUCCAAGGUCGCGUGUGGAAGACUCCAGACAAUGAGGCCAGUGGUUCUGGAUAUGUUUUAGGUUCCAAUGAAAACGAGAGGACUAGACAAGAGUUCAAAAACUUGAAGCCAAUGACUCCUCAGGAGUUCAUGCAAAGAUUCAGUGAAUUACAAUUGAGAAAUGACGGAGAGUUAAAUAGAAGGAAGAGUGCUGAUAGAUUCAGUGAGAUUAAAUCAAGUUUGAGGGAACUAAGAAGAGGCUUGAACGAGGUAACGGCACCAUACAAUUCUGCCUUGAAUAAUAAUGGGGAGCGAGCAAACCCGCCUCCGCCACAGGACGAUGAUCGACUUCCAUGCGAGUUCUGUGAUACACUCAUUCCUGCCGCAGACUUGGUGCAACAUCAAACGGGCUGCCGUCCGGAUUUGGCACAAUUCCGACCUAGAACGGUUUCACCCGUGGCCCAAGUCCAGUCCGCGUCAAGGUCAGCACCGCGGUCGCAGGUCGCCCGGCAGGACUCCUACGAAGAUCCUGUAAUACCUUGCGAAUUCUGUUUGGAGUCUUUACCCGUCUACCUCAUCAGCGAACACCAGGAGCGAUGUGGACGUGAAGCGAAUUUACUCUAUGCAGACUGA